CGACACGGUGUUGGCCAGGAGGAACAACAACAGACCAAGAUCGGCCUUCGAGGCGAAUAUAAAGAAGGAGCCACAAUGUUUCGAUCCGCUUCUAAGCUCCUCCAGAACGGCAACCAGUGGUUCACGGUGUCCAGCGGGAACACAAGGGGAGCACGAUGGUGGGCCGACAGGGAGUUCGUGAAGAAUAUGAGCGGCAAGUUCUUGGUCCCUAUGCCAGAAUGUGAGAAGUUCAUGAAGUACAGUCCGUCCGAUACCCAUUGGGCGGAGAAAGUCGAGAGGACAGCCUCAAACACCUUCAUCAAUUUCGGUCCUCAGCAUCCCGCCGCUCAUGGAGUGUUGCGGCUGAUCCUGCAGCUCGAAGGAGAAACCGUCGUGCGUUGUGAUCCUCACAUUGGAUUGCUGCACCGAGGUACCGAGAAACUCAUCGAGUACAAGACCUACACUCAGGCUCUACCCUACAUGGAUCGAUUGGACUAUGUGUCCAUGAUGUGCAACGAGCAGUGCUACUCUCUGGCGGUCGAGAAACUCCUGAACAUCGAAGUUCCCAAACGCGGGAAAUACAUUCGAGUACUCUUCGCGGAAAUCACUCGCAUCCUUAAUCACAUCAUGGGCGUGACUACUCACUGUCUCGAUAUCGGCGGUAUGACUCCAUUCUUCUGGCUUUUCGAAGAGCGUGAAAAAUUGAUGGAGUUCUACGAGAGCAUCUGGAAGCAGAGAACUGUCGAUAUCGGCGUCAUCUCGGCGGAGGACGCAUUGAACUGGGGUUGUUCGGGCGUCAUCCUGAGGGGUUCCGGAAUCAAGUGGGACCUGCGCAAGACUCAACCCUACGACAACUAUGAGGACUUUGACUUCGACGUUCCCAUUGGCAAGAAGGGAGAUUGUUACGAUCGGUAUCUGUGCCGCGUCGAGGAAAUGCGACAGAGCUUGAGGAUCAUCGAGCAGUGCCUCAACAAAAUGCCCUCAGGAGAGGUUCGCACCGACGACAACAAAGUCUGUCCCCCAAGUCGAGAGGAAAUGAAGACCUCGAUGGAAGCGCUGAUCCAUCAUUUCAAGUUGUUCUCCGAGGGGUACCAAGUGCCCCCGGGAGCGACCUACACAGCUGUGGAAGCUCCGAAAGGCGAAUUCGGACUCUACAUGGUUUCGGACGGGAGCAGCAAACCUUAUCGGUGCAAGAUCAAGGCCCCGGGUUUCGCUCAUCUCAGCGCUUUGGACUUCAUUGGUCGGAAUCACAUGCUCGCAGACAUAGUCGCAAUCAUAGGCACGCUCGACAUCGUGUUCGGAGAAGUUGAUCGUUAAAGCCUGUUUUCUUUAGAUAGUUAUUAUAAGCUUCCGAUGAAUCGCGAAGCGAAGUGAAUAAAACUUUCCAAUGAUGAGU